ACGAAGUCCUCACAACGCAAUUAAAUGAAACUGAACAGCUUAUUGGGGGAGCUGAAAACCUAUUAUUUCAACAAAAAGAAAAUAAAAAAAAUUGAACGGCGAUAAUCUCUGGAGAUGGUUCGACCGACGGCGAUAGGCACCACGAACAGAUCGUCAUCAGCGAUGUCAUCCAUGACAACCACCGUGACGAUCGAGAACACCUCGGGCUCGUCCUCCUCGUCGUCGCAGCCUCAAGAAGCCCUCGUGCUCGAACUCCGCCCUAGGAAGAAAAAAGUUACGUUGAAAGAAGGCACCGUGGACAACGAAUUCAUGAACAAGAAGAGUUCCAAUAUAUGUUGUAUUUACCAUAAAGAAAAGCCCUUCGACGAAGAUGACAGUGAUGACGACGGACAUGACCAUCAUCAUCACCAUCAUCCAUCCAACGGACAAGAUUCCUCCAAGGAUGGCUGCAGGCCCAGCAGCAGCUCCAGCUCCAGCUCCAGCGCCUGA